GGUUUUGGAGUGUAAUUAUUGCAUCGUCAAAGCAGAGUUUUAAUAAAAGGAUGUAAAAAAAAAUUUGUGAAGAUCAAUCUGAAGUCGGUACGAUUGAAUGUGAACGAUAUUCGAUGAAAGUUGGUGAAAAUGGAGACUCCGCGUUCGGUAACCCGAGUUCUAAGACCACACGCUGGAACACCGAAAUUAUCCAGCAGAAAGAAAUCUCUCUUUGGAAAGGAUGAUAGCAAUGAAUCUGAUUUGGGACCGAUUACUCCGCUUCGAUUUGGCAGUAACCGAAACACUGCUAAACCAAACACUACUCUGAAUAACAUCACAUCAUUCCGAAAUCUCUUUGGCAACGAAUCUCCCGAAAGUGAACGUUCCUUGUCUCCCGAUUUCGCCCAACGGUAUACAAACAAUGGGCGCUACGAGCUGCUUACGGAGGGGCAUGAUAAGGAAAAUCAGCACGCGGUCGAUGAAGAGACACGCUUCUCGUUUCACAGCAUCCCGGCGACGCCGAGCGGGCGGCUUAGUGCUGAGGAGAGUGCACUUCUCGAUGAAAGCAAUUCUAACUCCUUAUCCGUCCAGAUGAGUUCCGACCUGAAUCUAAUAGAAAAACGGACACUCCGGACGCCCGGUGUUACGACACGCAAUUCCAUGAAAAAAGGUUCGCAAGUGCGAUCAGUCGAACCUUCGUUUCGCAGGACGAACGAACAAGAAAAAAGUACAAAUGAUGCCACACCCAACACCAGUAUUCCGGUGCACCGUUGUCAUACUUCCACUCGAUCCGCUGUUAAGGCGCGCACAGCCUUACAUUUCAACGAUAUUCAGACCAUACCGACAAAAUCGUUCUAUGCUUCUUCGAUGAGUGAAAACAGACAAAAUAUUGACCAGCCCACUUCGGUGUCCGCUACGGAGGUGAAACGCACCGCGGAAGAAGUAUCACCGCCGGCAGUCGUAACAAAACCAACUGUCCCUACCGGGAAAACUCCCCGCAAACUGGGCUCUAUGCGCAAACGUUCGAAAUCGUUCUCAUCCAACGCACCGCGCCUUGGUCAGCGGGGAGUUGUCCAUAAGAUACGUAAACCAUCUAAGAAGUCGUCUCCGAAGGAAAGCCAGAAAGAAUCGAAAAAACGUGAGAAACAAAACAGUAAGCAAUCGCAAAAAAAUCGUGCGAUUGCCGGUAGAACGAAAAGUUGCCCGACAACACCGAAAGGCACCGGGGAGAAACAGUUGGAUAAAGAUGAUUUCAUCCAGAAGCUACAGCGCGUGAAAGACAUGCUCGAGCAAGGUCAAACCCGUUUGCAACGGGCUCGUCCACUGUCGAUGACACGAUCGAUGACAGAUCUGAGCAAAGCGACCCAAUCCUGCGGAGAAGAAGCUGACUCGUCCUCAUCGGAAGACGAAGAUUCAGAUAUGGAAGAGAGCCAAGGGCAGAACCGUAAAUUCUUCCGCUCUCGCAGUGGGUCCCGUAAUCAGCGUAAAGUGUACAAUCACUUCAACUCUAUCUCGCUGCUGGUGCGUAAAGGUGGUAAGCGGAAGCUAAUCGACUUUCCCCAGACUCCCAAGCGUCGCAGGACGGAUUUCGAAAAGCAGGAUUACUUUGAUUUUGAGACCGAACAACAGGAGGUGGAUGAUUUAAUCAACCGACUCGACCAGCGUGGGAGCUACGCCCAAGAGGGGGAGGACUAUGCCUAUCAGCAGCAGCAACAGCCGCACGAAGCUAUUAUUGAGAACGAGGAUGCGAUCAAUUACGGUGACGACGAACCGAUACCAAUCCAAUCGAACGUGAUUUACGUCACGAUGGACGAUUACAUCGUAGAUGAGACACAAAUGGAUAGUAUGACGGUUUAUGAGGAGUCGAUGCACAGCAGUCAAACCAUCAUCGUGCGGCAUGAUGAUCCCAGCCAGAUGGUUGCACAAAACGAUGCUAAUCUUCACUCGGCUAUGAACGUGGACUACUGUGCCGAUUAUGGUUUGCCGCAGAUUACCCAAACCCAGUGGAUCAUGGAAGAUACUUUGCAAACGACGAACACCACCACCACCACCACCACAACCAACGAAAGCAGCACGAUGUAUUAUCCCAUCUUUUACCGUGACCGAGUGAAGGAUCUGUGGCAACAGGAGAAGCAAUCUUCCACGAGUGAUCCGCCCCAGAUGGACGUGUUUCAUGCCCUACGGCAGCAGGAUCGCGCACACAAACAACAACAACGGCACGGGACCGGUGUGGACCAGUAUCAACUCGAUGCUGGUCAGCGAGCGUACGGUGCGGUGCAGUGCACGGAAUGUGGCCUCACCUACUCAAGACACGAACCAGAGGAGGAGCUAAUCCAUGACAAUUUCCAUCGCUCCCAUGCGAAACUCACGUUUGCCGGUUGGUCCAACGAACACAUCGUAACGCAGGUCCCAGAAUGGGACGUUACGGGCCGAAUCAUAGUGGUAUCGCAGGUUGAUAGCCGGCAGUGGCUCGCGAAGGUACAAUCUAUCCUGGAGGUAGUGGAUACUGAGUUGGGAUUCGCCACGUACGGUGAACUCCCGGAGGGUGGCUGCGUAUAUCUGGCCAUUGCUCGUUCGACGGUGCUCGGUGUUUGCGUGGUCCAGCCGCUGCAGUAUGCCAACCGGAUGAUCACCAUCGACGGACUGCACGGCGCCCCAAUCGAUUGCUAUUCGACCGAGUUCUAUCCCGCCAAAUGUGGUAUAUCACGGAUUUGGGUUUCACCCAAAUAUCGACGACUCGGGGUCGGUCGGACGCUCCUGACGGCCAUCAAACGGCACUACAUCUUCGGGUACGUGAUGCGCUCCGAGGAAAUCGCAUUUGGCGCACCGACGGAGAGUGGCAGACUGUUUGCCGAAUCGGUCACUGGCCAGAAAGAUUUCCUGGUCUACCUGUAAAUGCUCAGCAGCCUGUCGGUCAGGUGUGUUACGUGCCAGCGAGAACAAGCAUUCAAUUUAUUAUGUAGGUCGUGUUUGGUUUCUAUCAUAUUUACAUUUGUUCUGUUUUUUUUUCUUUAUUUUUGUCUAAACCUACCAAUUAAGAAACACAAAAGAAGCUUUUAAACCCGGUCAGCGAAUUAUGAGUGGCAAGAAAUAAAGAGUAUCACGAU